UGUACAGGGGACAUUCCUGAUGCGGUUACCACGACAGGCAUCACAGGGACAUCCAUUAUUACCAAUCUUCGAAAAAUAUUUACCUCUGUCGUUUCGCUGCAAGUGAGCUAGGCUCUGGUAUUCCUGCUGCUGCCCAUCACAUCAUUCAUUGGAAUCACCUCGUUUCCAUAGCUGCUCAGGCCGUCCCAUUUUCCCCCUAAAUUUAUUUAUUUAUUUCGCACGAGGGGAAAAACAUCGCCUGGCCACCAGCGAGACCUGACUGGCAUAGCCUACUAUGCAACGAAAAUACUGCAAUAUGGAAGGAUCCCUUCGUUCGUCAAAACACGAAUCGGCUUUUGCAUGAAGGUGGAAUAAGGACCGUGGAGAACGGCGGUCUGAAUCUUUUUCAUAGAAACAGAGAAAGGAAGAACGGACAUUGUAGCUUAAUCCUUGACAACAGACCAGCACACAAGAUUGUGAUGAGUGCACAGUGGAUCAUUUUCCUCCUGUUGUCUGGUCAGUUUUUCGAUUUCACCCGGGCGCGUUGUGGCGUUUUCUCCACUGGAAAUACGCAAAAACAUUAAUCGGAUGAAAAAUAACAGUUUAUUGAGGUACUAGUACGUCAUUCCCAGCGAUAACCGACCAUAAUGAUGCCACGGUUGCACAUUUAAAACACGCUCAUCCGAAGAUUACAGUCACUACGGGGGAAAUACAGGGCUUUUCAUGUUUACAAUGGCACUCCUACGCGACGCUUGAUCUUUUUUAUUCGCCGUGGAGUUAAAAAGCAUUGCUUUUAAGGCCUGGAAAACGGGAGUGUCGUGACCAAUAUCAUCAGCGUUACGGUAUCGACAAGACUGGGUGUAGUGCAGCUGUGUGCGUGAUUUGCAAUAUGCAAUUUUCAAUUUACUGAAUGCGUAGUGUUUGGGACUGGAACUGCACGCCGUUUGCACUACAUUUUUUGAUAUUCCCAGCUGCACAAUUGAUCAGCAACAAUGGGGAGCGACAGUGAGGUUUUCAACAGAGAGUUGUCAAAGAUGUCUGACGAGGACUUGAUGGCCUGCUCCAAAGAGGAGCUUGUUAGCAGACUGCGUAAAGAGGAGACGGAAAAGAUGUCAGCGCUGAUACAGCGCGGUCGCCUCAUCAAAGAGGUAAAUAAACAACUGCAGGGACAUCUUCUGGAAAUCAGGGAGCUGAAAGUCAUCAAUCAGCGCCUUCAGGAGGAGAACCAGGAGCUGCGGGACCUCUGCUGUUUCCUGGACGACGACCGACUCAAGGUGAAGAAGUUGGCCAGGGAAUGGCAGCUGUUUGGCCACCACGCAGCCAAAGUGAUGCGAGAGGACUUGGGUGGGUACCUGAAGAAACUCGCCGACCUAGAACGCAUGCAAGACGGCCUUGUCAAGGAGAACCUCGACCUAAAAGAACUUUGUUUGGUGCUGGAGGAGGAGUGCGUCAGCCGGAGCGACUCCAGUCCCGGCGGGUCCACAGAACUGAACCUGCCGUGUAUGGUGGCCCGGGACCUGGGGGAUGGCAGCUCCAGCACCGGGAGCGUUGGGAGCCCGGACCAGCUUCACUUGGUGUGUUCGCCUGACGACUGAUGUGCUAAGAAAAGCCAUCUUUUAGCGUCAUAAAUACACCCUAUCCUGGAGGAAGUGUCUGCAGUCCUGAGAAGAUUAAAAAAAUAGUUUACAGCUUGUUUCAAUGUGCGUUGGUGGCCACAAGUGAGCUUUUGCUGAAGCUGCCAAUUCUG